CAGAGAGGCGGUAUACCCAGAUCAUUGAGCUGCUACUUGCAUUAGUUUACUAAACACAGACUUUAUUGUGGCAUAUUUCGUCAUGCGACGUGCGCAGUUACGUUGAUAACACAAAGGAGUAAGUCGAGAGUGACUUCGAUUGCUGCGCAAUAAAAGUUACAACUUUCCCAAUUAUAAAGAGACUACCAAUUCGAACGCCUACGUCAACGGUUCUCAACAGCACUGUCUCUGCAAAUCAGUUAAUUCGUCUUAAACUCUUCAUCUGGAGAAGAAAGAAAUCAGCAAAAAUAUGAAGGGAUACACCGGUCUGAUUUUGUUGAUGUGCCUGAGCUGCGUCUUUGCCAUGGCACUUCGUAAAGAGAGAGAUGUUGAAGACCAGUUGAUUGAACUGCGCGAACUCCUGGGCCGAUACUUUAAGGACCGACACUUGGAGGACAGAUACUUAGAGCAUAUGGAGAGAUCUCCACCAGCUCCACCAGCUCCACCAGCUCCACCAGCUCCACCAGCUCCACCAGCUCCACCAGCUCCACCAGCUCCACCAGCUCCACCCGGUUCUGAAAUGCCUUACGACGCUCCACCAGCUCCACCUGCUCCACCAGCUCCACCAGCUCCACCAGCUCCACCAGCUCCACCAGCUCCACCAGCUCCACCAGCUCCACCAGCUCCACCAGCUCCACCCGGUCUUAAAACGUCUGACGACGCUCCACCAGCUCCACCAGCUCCACCAGCUCCACCAGCUCCACCAGCUCCACCAGCUCCACCAGCUCCACCAGCUCCACCAGCUCCAAAAGCGCCACCAGCUCCACCAGCACCACCCGGUCCUGAAAGGCGUCAUUACGGUAAGUCUCAAGCUGAGGAUGAGGACCGCAGCCGUAGUGGUCAAGCGGGGUUUCAGCUUGCUCAACCGACGUUCCCUGUCCUUCCGGUUAUUACUGCCGUGUGCAUGCGAGAACUGCGGAUGGGACUCGAUACAGAGGAAGGUGCUACCAGAGCAACUAGUGCGCCCCGCACUAACUCGGAGGACCAGAUACAACCGACGAUUUACGGUUGGAUGGGUUGGCAGGCGCGGUUGGAUGUUCCGCCGGGUUACGGUGAGCAAUAG